CCAGCUCCUCUCCCUACACCAGCUCCUCCCCCUAUACCUCCUCUCCCUAUACAUCCUCUCCCUAUACCUCCUAUCCCCACACCAGCUCCUCUCCCUAUACCUCCUAUCCCUACACCAGCUCCUCUCCCUAUCCCUACACCAGCUCCUCUCUCUAUCCCUCCACCAGCGCCUCUCCCUAUACCUACCCCAGCUCCUCUCCCUAUCCCUACACCAGCUCCUCUCCCUAUACCUCCUAUCCCUUCACCAGCUCCUCUCCCUAUACCUCCUAUCCCUACACCAGCUCCUCUCCCAAUACAUCCUAUCCGAACACCAGCUCCUCUCCCUAUACCUCCUAUCCCUACACCAGCUCCUCUCCCUAUACCUCCUAUCCUACACCAGCUCUCUCCCUAUACCCCUACACCAGCGCCUCUCCCUAUACCUCCUCUCCCUACACCAGCUCCUCUCCCUACACCUGCUCUCCCUACACCAGCCCCUCUUCCUAUACCUCCUAUCCCUUCACCAGCUCCUCUCCCUAUA